UACAAUGGUUAUUGAUUAUGAGUAGUAGUAGUAGUAGACUAGUAGUGGGCAGUGAGUACCAGUAUCAGGGGUCCAGAACUGUUUCAGCAGGAAGGUAGGUAUAGUGUGUGUGAGAGCGACAGAGAGACAGUGACGGAGACAGAGAGUCCAGUGCACUGAUUGAUUGUGUGUGUAAGUGUGUGUUCCACCAGGACUGAUUGGAGCGUCAGUCAGACAGCGAGCCAUGCGAGGCCAGCGUGUAGCAGAGUGUGUGCGUAGGCCAUGUGGAGGCUGGACAGUGGCUAUCUGGCUGCUGUUGUCCCUGCUAGGGUCCCUGCUACUGGUGGCCAUCAGCGUGAUUCUGCAGAUCGAUAUGACCAAAAUCAGCAGACGAGACAUAUCCACCAAUAGCACGACGACGAUGACCGCCAUGAAGACAACACAUUCCCAAGUGCGUCUGGUGAACGGGCGUAACAGGUGUGAGGGGCGUGUGGAGGUUUGGCACAAUGGGACGUGGGGUACAGUGUGUGAUGACGACUGGGACAUGGUAGAUGCCAACGUGGUGUGUCGGCAGCUGGACUGUGGUCUGGCCGUGGCGGUGGGCAGCAUCUCAGAGUACGGCCAGGGCUCAGGACCCAUCCUGCUGGACAACGUAGACUGCAAAGGAGGGGAGACAGACCUGGGACAGUGUGGAAGUCUGGGCUGGGGCAUCCACAACUGUUACCACUAUGAGGACGUGUCUGUCACAUGCAAAGAUACAUCAGUGCUGGAAUCACGGGGCGUGGGCGAGCCCACCACUCCGUCUAGGAGAAACUCAGGGUUAAGAGAUGGUACGAUCCGGUUAGUUGGUGGACUGGACUACUGCCAGGGACGGGUGGAGGUCUUCUACAAGGGCAGCUGGGGGACGGUGUGUGAUGACGACUGGGGUAUGAGAGACGCAGGGGUGGUGUGCCAGCAGAUAGGCUGUGGCCACGCCGUUUCCUCCACCACUAAUGCCUACUUUGGCUACGGGACAGGCCUGAUUCUACUGGACAACGUCAACUGUAAUGGCUACGAGAACCAGCUGAGUAAAUGCUACAGCCUGGGCUGGGGGAUACACAACUGUGGACAUCAUGAGGACGCUGGGGUUAUCUGUUCAGGCUCAGGAUCCACUACUGUUCCUCCCAUGAACACUGACACCAUAGGCAUGGGAAGGGGAUUAUUUCAGACUGCCAGCACUGCAGUAACCGACCAAACAGAAUUAUUCACCGAAACAACUACGGCUGUGACAACGGUUGCUAUGACAACAAGAGAGCGGCCCACCAUCCGUGUGGUGAAUGGGAACAGCAGCUGCCAGGGCCGUGUGGAGGUCUUCCACAACAACCAGUGGGGCACGGUGUGUGACGACGACUGGGAUCUGCCCAAUGCCCAGGUGGUGUGUAGGCAUCUGGGCUGUGGCCCCGCCAUCUCUGCCAAGGUCCUGGCCUACUUCGGCUACGGAUCGGGUCCCAUCCUGCUGGACAAUGUGGACUGUACAGGCAUUGAAGGGGAGCUGGCGGCUUGUUUCCACCUGGGCUGGGGGCAGCACAACUGUGGACAUCAUGAAGACGCUGGAGUCAUCUGCACACCCUUUCAGCUUGUUGGACUUGGAAAUGACUUUGGGAUGACAGAGAGAACAUCCACCACUAGACCACCAAGCGAAGGUCUGGUGAGGUUGGUGGGCGGGCAGCACCGCUGCGAGGGCCGGGUGGAGAUGUUCUCAGGGGCGGAAUGGGGCACGGUGUGCGACGACGCCUGGGACAUGCCUGAUGCCCAGGUGGUGUGUCGCCAGCUGGGCUGUGGGGAGGCUGCUGCAGCCCGCGGGGAAGCCUUCUUCGGGCCCGGCAGCGGCACCAUCCUCCUGGACAAUCUGAAGUGCAGCGGCUCUGAGGCCUCGCUCCAGGAGUGCUCCCACAUAUCCUGGGAAGUGCACAACUGUGACCACUCUGAAGACGCCGGCGUCACCUGCUCACUGUCGUGAUUCCAGCAUUGAUUCGCCGCCAGGGAGCCACCAAACUCCUCCCACCUCCACUGCCAACCAAUAGGAUGGGCGCCAUGGGGAGCACAACCCGGGACUUGUAAACAUUAUGUAAAUAACAGCUCAUCCCAAUGCCAAACAUAAGGAAGACUACAACAACAACAACAAACAAACAAAGAAAACUAACAUAUGAUGAUAUAUGAUUCAAUAUUAUAAUUAUCUAUUCCUAUUAAGCACUUUAUAAAUAUACAUAAAUAAAUAAAUAUAUAUGAUAUAAAAUACGCUGUAAAUUUUUUUAUAUUUGAUAAACAG